CUAGCAGGGGAUUACCUCAAUCUCCUCCUCGCCACUGAUCGAUUUUGCAGUGAAGACAUUUUUCGACGGAGUAUGGUACAUAGGUAAAGCCGACAACGGUGGAAGAGCAUUGAUUUCUCUGAUCGAUUCCACAGAAAAGUCACGAAGUUGGUAAGGGUCCUGGUUCCCAGAAGAGCUUGAAGAUGUGAACCGAUCUUGAUCGAACCCUACGUUGGAGACAUCCGACAUCGAAUAGGGUCCAUGAACGUUACUGUCGUGAGGCUCAUUCCCAGAGGCGAAGCGAUGUUGGGAAGAACCACGUGGACCCGGUUCAGGAUAGUAGCCAGGCUGCUAUAA